AUUGUGAUUGGGUACAUCUUAGAAAUCAUUGGUCUGUAAAUAAAUUAUUUGUAUGUAAGUUCUUGACUCUUUAUUUAAUGCCUUGCAAUUGCAAAUUAAUAAUGAGUAGGUGAUGUUGCUGCUGCUUUUGAGAAGCAUGUGGAGACUUAUGGAGGACUUGAUAUCUGUAUCAAUAGUGCUGGAAUUGGCAAUAUUGUUCCAUUUUAUCAAGACAAAACUGAUGGGAAUGGCACAUGGAGACGUACUGUCAAUGUUAACCUGACUGCACUUAUUGAUUGUACACGCAUUGGGAUUCAAACAAUGCUAUCUACAAAAAAGCCUGGUGUGAUAAUAAAUCUGGGCUCAGCCUCAGGUCUCUAUCCCUUGUAUGCUGACCCUAUUUAUUCUGCUACAAAAGGUGCUGUUGUCUUAUUCACUAGAUCACUUGCUCCAUUAAAACGUCGGGGAAUUCGCGUCAACGUGCUUUGCCCUGAGUUUGUUCAAACUGAGUUGGCAUCAAAGGUGGAUCCUAAACUAAUUAAUGCACUUGGUGGCUUCCUCUCCAUGGAGAUGGUUGUGAAUGGUGCAUUUGAGCUUAUUAAAGAUGAGAGCAAGGCGGGUGUCUGUCUAUGGAUCACUAAACGUAGAGGUAUGGAGUAUUGGCCUACACCAACAGAAGAAAAAAAGUAUUUAUUGCAGCCAUAUAAGUCAAAAAGAAGUUUCGUGUACACUACGGGUUCUAAAAUUGAUGUACCUCAUACUUUUGAGAAAAUAGUUGUCCACACUCUGAGUCAUAAUUUCCGAAGUGCUACUAGCAUUGUUCGAACUGAGUUGAGUUUGCCCAUUAAACCAGAGCAUGCUCUCGUGAAGGUCAUUUAUGCUGGUGUAAAUGCCAGUGAUGUGAAUUUUAGCUCGGGGCGUUAUUUUGGUGGCAAUAAUAAUGAAGUUGCUGCACGCCUUCCAUUUGAUGCUGGUUUUGAGGCUGUGGGCAUAGUUGCAGCUGUUGGUGAUUCAGUGCAUAUAAAAGUUGGCACUCCUGUUGCUCUUAUGACUUUUGGAAGUUAUGCUGAGUUCACAAUGGUUCCUGCAAAACAUCUUCUUCCUGUACCUAGACCAGAUCCUGAGGUUGUAGCAAUGCUAACAUCAGGUUUGACAGCUUCAAUUGCUCUAGAAAAGGCAGGACAAAUGGAAUCUGGACAAGCAAUUUUAGUUACAGCAGCGGCUGGUGGGACCGGACAGUUUGCAGUUCAGCUUGCAAAAUUGGCAGGAAACAAGGUGGUUGCAACUUGUGGAGGUGAAAAAAAAGCUGCACUUUUGAGGUCUUUAGGGGUUGACCGUGUUAUAGAUUAUAAGAGGGAAAAUAUAAAAGCUUAUCAAGGAGAACAUGGAUGGAAACCGUUGCCAUAUACUGGGCUUUGUGAAAAGAUUCUUGCAAAAAGCCAAACAGUGGCUGGCUUUUUCCUGGUUCAAUAUGCUCAUUUGUGGCAAGAACAUCUUGACAGGCUCUUUGAUCUCUACUCUUCGGGAAAACUUAAGGUAGCAGUGGAUCCCAAGAAAUUUUUGGGUCUUGAUUCUGUAGCAGAUGCGGUAGAGUAUCUCCAUUCUGGUGAAAGCCUUGGCAAGGUUGUUGUGUGCGUUGAUCCAGCAUUCAAUCAGAAAUCAGCAAAGCUAUAAGUGAUGAGCAUUAUAAUCUGUCAAAUGUUAAGCUAGCAGCAUCAAUAUUGUUUGGUGUCUCCUCAAAUACUUACGGACUUGUCCUCCAUGUUGAUCAAAAUAUUUCAGGAAAACCUUGAUCUGGAAAUGGUCUAUCAAGGUAAGAAAUUAAUUGCUACAGAGUGUUUGGAAGUAGUGUUGGAAUAAGAGCUCAAUGUGAAUGAGCAACAAACAACUGUAAGAUGUCUGGUGGUAAAAAUAGAGCAAUAAAGAGAGAAUUUUCUUUAACCAA